UCCUUUUCUUUUCCAAUUUUUUCUUUUUCUUUUUCUUUUUUCCCCUUUCCGAUUUACGGAUUUUGGAGGAGGUGCAGUAUCAUUUUCAAAAUACUCUCGCACGACGCCGUAUUUUGCUCUCCCUUCCCGCCAUGGUUGCACAGGUGGCGGAGCCACAGCCCUCUGCUUCCCAGCAGUUGGGCAUCCCUCCGGUGGAACACGACCCCCAGUCCGAAAACCCGCUAGCCAGUGCCAAGACCUUAAUUUGCGCCCUCAAUUUCAUCUCCCGCAAUUUGCCCUUGCCCCAACAUGUUUACGACGCCGUUUCCUCCAUUUACCAGGACCCCUCUUCUGAUACCGGUCAUGAAGCCCCAUCUGAUGCUGAUGAGGAGGUGGAGGGUGACGUCAGAGACGGGGAAACUCCGCCGUUGCGGACGGAUGGUCAUGGUGUUUCAAGUUAUGAUGAGUUAAUGUUGGACUUUGAGGACGCUGUUUUGAAGCAGAGAUCACUAUGUCUGCCUGGCUCUAGAUUGUCAGACUUAAAGGAAAACAGGUCUCAGAGCCGUAUCAAGCAUCGGUUAGCUGAACUUGAGGAAUUGCCCACAAGUAGAGGCGAGGACCUACAGUCAAGAUGCUUGCUCGAACUCUAUGGACUUAAGUUAGCCGAGCUCCAGAGUAAAGUGCGGUCUGAAGUGAGUUCGGAAUAUUGGCUUCGUCUACAUUGUGCAAAUCCUGACAAGCAGCUUUUUGAUUGGGGCAUGAUGCGACUACGUCGUCCUUUAUAUGGAAUUGGGGAUGCUUUUGCUUUGGAAACUGAUGAUCCUCUUAAGAAGAAACGAGAGGCUGAGAGGUUGUCAAGAUUUGAGGAAGAAGAAAGAAACCGCAUAGAGACUAGGAAAAGGAAAUUUUUCGCUGACUUACUUAAUGGUGCACGUGAACUCCAAUUGCAAGUACAGGCUGCCCAGAAACGGAGGAAGCAAAGAAAUGAUGGUGUUCAGGCUUGGCAUGGUAGGCUGCGACAACGAGCGACACGAGCUGAAAAAUUGAGGUUCCAAGCUUUGAAAGCGGAUGAUCAAGAAGCUUACAUGAAAAUGGUUGAGGAGAGCAAGAAUGAAAGAUUGACUAUGCUCCUUGGAAAAACUAAUGAUCUCUUAGUUCGUCUGGGAGCUGCAGUUCAACGUGAAAAAGAUGCUGCACAUGACAGCAUAGAGCCCCUGCAAGGUUCAGACACUGACUUGCCUGAGUUAUCUGCCUCAAGGACUGAUACACCAGCACAAUCAGUUCCAGAAGAAGAUGAAGAGGUUGAUGAUGAAUCUGAUGAUAAAGUCAAGACAGGUGAUUUACUAGAAGGGCAGCGAAAGUAUAACUCUGUUGUACACUCAAUCCAGGAGAAGGUGACUGAGCAACCAACUAUGCUUCAGGGUGGAGAGUUAAGACCAUACCAAUUAGAGGGGCUUCAAUGGAUGCUCUCUCUAUUCAAUAACAAUUUAAAUGGGAUUUUAGCUGAUGAAAUGGGGUUGGGAAAAACAAUUCAGACCAUCUCUUUGAUUGCGUAUCUCAUGGAAAACAAAGGCGUGAGUGGGCCCCACUUGAUUGUGGCCCCAAAAGCUGUCCUGCCAAAUUGGAUUAAUGAAUUUACAACUUGGGCUCCUGGUAUUUCAGCUGUUCUUUAUGAUGGUCGUCUAGAUGAAAGAAAGGCCAUGAGAGAAGAGUAUUCAGGCGAAGGGAAAUUCAAUGUGUUGAUUACCCAUUAUGAUCUUAUUAUUAGAGACAAAGCAUUUCUGAAGAAAAUUCACUGGCACUACUUGAUUGUUGAUGAAGGACAUCGACUUAAAAAUUAUGAUUGUGUUCUUGCACGGACUCUGGUCUCAGGUUACCGAAUUCGGCGGAGACUCCUUUUGACUGGUACCCCUAUACAGAAUAGCUUGCAGGAGCUAUGGUCCCUGCUUAACUUUCUCCUUCCUAACAUCUUUAAUUCGGUUGAAAACUUCGAGGAGUGGUUUAAUGCUCCCUUUGCCGACAAAUGUGAUGUCAGCUUAACAGAUGAAGAACAGUUGUUAAUCAUUCGCCGGUUGCACCAUGUAAUAAGGCCAUUUAUAUUGAGGAGGAAGAAAGAUGAGGUCGAGAAAUUCCUGCCUGGUAAAACUCAGGUCAUACUAAAAUGUGACAUGUCUGCAUGGCAGAAAGUAUAUUACCAGCAAGUGACAGAAAUAGGGAGGGUUGGACUGGGUCACGGUAGUGGCAAACCCAAAAGUCUGCAGAACCUGACAAUGCAGCUCCGGAAAUGUUGUAACCACCCGUACCUGUUUCUAGGCGACUAUUUUAUGCAGCGAAGUGAGGAGAUGAUCAGGGCAUCAGGAAAAUUCGAGCUUCUUGAUCGCUUACUUCCCAAACUUCAUAGGGCUGGACACAGAGUCCUCCUUUUCUCCCAAAUGACUAAGCUCAUGACCAUUCUUGGAGAUUAUUUGCUGUUAAAAGGUUAUCAGUUUCUUAGACUUGAUGGCAAUACUAGCACUGACGACAGAGGCAAAUUACUCAGACAGUUUAAUGCCCCCGACUCUCCUUACUUCAUAUUUCUUCUAAGCACGCGUGCUGGUGGACUUGGUCUGAAUUUACAGACUGCAGAUACCGUGAUUAUAUUUGACAGUGAUUGGAACCCUCAAAUGGACCAGCAGGCAGAAGAUCGGGCGCAUCGCAUUGGGCAGAAGAAGGAGGUCAGGGUUUUUGUACUUGUCAGUGUUGGAUCAAUUGAAGAGGUUAUUUUGGAAAGAGCUAAACAGAAAAUGGGCAUUGAUGCAAAGGUCAUCCAGGCAGGAUUAUUCAACACAACUUCAACAGCUCAAGACAGGAGGGAGAUGUUGGAGGAAAUCAUGCGUAAAGGUACAAGCUCACUUGGAACAGAUGUGCCAAGUGAAAGAGAAAUCAAUCGUUUGGCAGCCCGGUCAGAUGAGGAGUUUUGGUUGUUUGAGAAAAUGGAUGAAGAAAGAAGGCAGAGAGAAAACUACAGAUCCCGGCUUAUGGAAGAGCAUGAGGUGCCAGAUUGGGUUUAUACUGUACCUGAAAUAAAGGCGGGCAAGGGUAAAGGAUCGAUAUUCGAUGAUGUCCCUGUCACUGGGAAGAGACGCAGAAAAGAGGUAGUUCGUGAGGAUACAAUUAGUGAUUCACAGUGGAUGAAGGCCGUGGAGAAUGGAGACGAUGUAUCCAACUCCAAGCAUCCCGCCAAAAGAAGAAGAGAGAAUCCAUCCAUCGUAAAUAAUGAAUUGCCUAAGAGUAAUGUUACCAACAACAUUUUAGGGGAGAAGAAAAUCACGGACUUGAAGAGUGAAACGCUUUCAAUGGUGAGUGAAACGAAGAGUGAAGACACCUUCGGCUGGACCUCCCAAAGGCCCAAGUCUGAAGCUGAAAGUUCACAAAGAAGCAGCUUAGAUGGCCUGGAAGGUGGGCUGAAUGGCUUAACAUGGAGAGCACAUAAGAAGAAGAGGUCAAGCUUGAUGUGAUUUAAUUAUAUACAGACUAUUUUCUGAAGCCUGAGGAUUUAGAAAUGAAGUAAAACUAGGUUACUUACAUUGGUAAGCAGUAGUUAUAUGAUAACCCAUUGAUGCGUUGUAGCAGAUUUGUUUUGGACCUGAAGUUGUAUUUUUUACUCUCUUUAGCAGCUCUCUGCAACAUAUUUAUUUGCAAUUGCAACUCAGAUUAGUUACCUCUUUA